AUGUCUCGCGAGCUCGUAUUCUCUGAAAAAUUCCCACAAAAACCCCACAAUUGUCCCGCCGUCAAAGUCCCGGGAUUGAUUUUCUGUGCUGGUCAGACCGCUACUGGUGAGAUCAAGCAAGCAACUACCACAGUCUUGCAGAACUUGAAGGAGGUCCUGGAGCUUGGUGGAUCCUCGCUGGACAAGGUCGUCAAAUAUAAUGUUCUCCUCCAAGACAUGGGAGACUUCGCGGCUAUGAACGAGGCUUACAUUGCUUUCCUUCCUAAACCCAUGCCCGCCCGUACAUGUAUCCAAGCAGGAUGCUUACCAGGUGGCUCUACAAUCGAGAUUGAGUGCAUUGCACAAGCUUAG